AUGGCUUUCCCUCUUCCGCGGGGCAUCACUCCCUCUGAGAUUGCCUUUCUCGCCGAGAUGGAGACCGUGACUAUCGUGCCCCGACAGCGCCUCGAGGGUCUUGAGUUACUAGGUGGCCCCGUCGAGCCUCUUGUUCCACCUCGUCGCGCAUCCCUUCCACUCUGGCUCGCCCUCCUACUUAAACGCCAACGACGCGCCAACAUUAUACCUCCAUCAUGGUUACACCCAGAUCCACUUGGCCUAAUCCUCGAGGUGGAAUCGCAGCAUCAAGAUUAUAAAAACUCCUUCUCGCCCCCUCCUCCACUGCCGGGUCAACCUAGCAUCAAUAGCUUUGGAAAAGAAGCCAAUCCCCGAGCACAAUACACACCAGAUGGAGAUAGAUACUAUGCCGCACCGCCGUUUCUACCUCAAAAUACUGCACAUGGAGGAGACUUUACAAAGGAGACACCAGCUUUACCAUUCCAUUGGGUGGAAGUCGGGAAUAUGCUACUUGAUGCAGCAAGUGAUGACCUUGUUGAGCCCGAUCAAAUUCGACGAUUACUAAAAGACUUGCGUGAGGUGCGCAUGUCGAAGAUGAGAUCUGGCGUGGAUGUCCUCGAUGCAGCCGCGACUGUUGGAGGUGGAGUUGCGCUGACUGGAGUGGGCGCAAUGGAGCUGGGUGAAGAACGUGGUUUUGUGGCUGGUGUAGUGGAUAAUCUUCGCAAAAUCGGCGCUUCGAAAGAACAAGCUAGACGUGAACAAUUGGCCGACCAGCGCGCAAACGGCCAAUACUCGGCGACUCAAGAUGAAGAAGAAGACUACAUGGAGUUUUAG